UCUGGACAGCGCCGGUUCGACGGUAGUGACGAUAGUCUCCGAUAGCCUCGGGCUAGACGGAAACGGCCGUGGUGUUAGGGGAGCUGGUGGAGAUGUGAUACGUGAGACGAGAUUGCUUUAGGAAGGAACUGGGCGAUAAAGAUAGUUGGUAGAAGCACGCCGUUUUUAUCCAUCUAAGAUACGCGGCAUCGACGGCAGAAUAUCAGAGUGAAACUGUCGAUGGAAGUCUGAGAACGUGGAGGUGCCGUGAGAAGACCCGCCUGGCAGGGAAAGGGUCUGCGACCAGAGCAAACUUACAGAAAACCUUGGAGUGAAGACAUAUCGUCGGCUGCAUGGACUCAAAGAUGAACACUGUUGUCGAGGUGCUGAUUUGUUUGGCGGUGAUUCGAGGAUGUCUGGGUCAGUCAUCUAUCGGCCUGACUCUUCCGGACACCGUGAACACCAUAGCCGGGGACCCCGUCACCUUACCCGCAACAUUCCAGACAGAUCGCCGCAUCGCCACCAUUACUUGGACCAAAGUGGAGAAAAAAGCCGACGGAGAAAAAAGAACUCCUAUUCUUACAACCAUACCCAUGAUGGGGUCGACAGAAGCCCAUGGUCCCUACCAGGGAAGAGUAGAACUAGUCGGGAAGGCCUCACUGAAGAUUGACCGAACCACAGCUGAAGAUCAAGGUCGCUAUGUCCUGACAUUGAUUGGGCAAGGGAUCGGCACAGAGGAGGGCUUCAUUGACUUGAAUGUGAUGGGAUGUCUGUGUCAGUCGUCUAUCGGCCUGACUCUACCGGACACCGUGAACACCAUAGCCGGGGACCCCGUCACCUUACCCGCAACGUUCCAGACAGAUCGCCGCAUCGCCACCAUUACAUGGACCAAAGUGGAGAAAAAAGCCGACAGAGAAACAAGAACUCCCAUUCUUACAGCCAUACCCAUGAUGGGCUCGACAGAAGCCCAUGGUCCCUACCAGGGAAGAGUGGAACUAGUGGGAAAGGCCUCCCUGAAGAUUGAUCGUACUACAGCUGAGGAUCAAGGGCAGUAUGUCCUCACAUUGAUUGGUCAAGGCAUCGGCACUGAAGAGGGCUUCAUCGACUUGAAUGUGAUGGUUCCACCGAAAAUCGCAGUGGGGCCGUCCGACCCUGUGAUGGCAGCCAGUGGAAGAUCGGCGACUCUGACGUGCUCGGUUACGGAAGCGAAGCCGAAUAUUACGUCACUGCACUGGGAGAAAGACGGGGCGCUGAUCGACAGUUCGAGAUUGGUCACCAAGUAUUCCGGUGGGAACCUGCAGUCGACGAAUCUGGUGAUACAUUUUGUGACCAGGGGUGAUGCAGGCGUGUACAAGUGCAUCACCGACCACGUGGUUCGAAAGGCCAGCGCUGCGCUGACUGUGCGAGUGUUGUAUCCCGCCACUAUCCUGAGCAUCUCGGACGCCCAGACUGUUUCCGUGUCUGACCGCAUCACUCUGCAGUGCGUGGCGGAGGGAAACCCCCCUCCCAACAUCACGUGGACACGGAACGGAGUGCGCCUGCGCGGGGUGACGAAGACUGUGUCACGUGACGUCCGCGCAGAAUCUGUGGUGCUGGAUGACGUCACGGUGAACGCCAGCGGUAUCUACGCAUGCACAGCGGCCAACUCUGUCGGGAAAAGCGACCUGAAGUCUGUGGAAGUAAUCGUUCAAGGUUCCCAGUCCUGGCUGGACGACAGCAGUAUCGCCAUCCUAGUGGGUGCCAUCGCGGGGGGUCUGUGGCUCGCCAUCUGUGUGGGCCUGGUGGUGUACUUCGUCAGGCGGCGGCGCAACAGACAGGACAAGAAACGGUUCGCCUUCUACUACAACAUGGGGCGGAAACAGCCGGACGGGACGGACGGGAAGACGGGCGAGGAGACACUAGAGGUGACCCGCCAUCCACACCUCAAACUACCAGCCAAACCAGUCUCAGGCGCCCCUACGUACGGCGGGAUUGACACGAUGCGUCGGACCAAGGGGAAGGUGCGCCGGUAUGGCCUGGUCCUGUACACCUACCACCCACAGGAGGACAACGAGCUGUAUCUGGAGAUUGAUGACGUCAUCGAGGUGCUGGAGGGGGAAGAUGGCGGCUGGUGCCUGGGUUACCUGAGGGGCAGGAUAGGCCUGUUCCCCUCCAACUACGUCAAGUUUCUGUCCGCAUCCCAAGUAUCUGCAUCAAAGCUGAGGGAACUGUACGAUUCAUCCGACCCCAAUCGCAGAUCGGGAAAGUCAAGCGUCUAGAAGGCGAGUCCAACUGCACUUAUCAUCGUGUCCGCUAGGCAG